GAGGCCGAGCAGCGGAAGUGUUGUCGGUGUGUGUUGUCAGAGAGAGAAAGAGAGCCGCAUGUGUUUAGUCCUCUGUGUCUGUCUGCGGGGAUGGAUGCGUUAUAAGAACAAGGACUAGCAGACACUUCACUCACGGGAAAGAUGACUGCCCAGGAGUUGCGUUUGUGUGGUCUCCUGCUGCGGGAGCACUUUGGAGAAGUGGUGGCAAAAGUGGGAACACACCUGCUCAGAAGUGGAGCACAGAAUUUAAGAACCAUUAUUCAUGAGACAGGCAUCUCAUUGGACCUGGUUAAGAAGUCCCUGUGUGUGCUCGUCCAGCAUGGGGCCUGUGUGUUCAGCUCAGGUUGUAAAGGACCCGGGAGCCCCACAGAGUAUCGGACCAGCUGUGAUCGGAUUCUGAGGAUCCUGCGAUACCCACGCUACAUCUACACCGCCAAAACCCUGUACGGUGACACCGGAGAGCUAAUCAUAGAGGAGUUACUACAGAGAGGUGACAUGACCAUGAGCAGCACGGUUAAAACAGUCGCCGACCGCCUCACGCAGAACAUGGAGGAGGGCCGCAGCAUGGAAUACAAUGAAGUCUCCUCUACCUUCUCCAAUUUGGUGGAGACCCAUUUUCUUCAGCGCUGCCCUCCAAUGGGGGGAAAAAAUGACAGUGCUACUCCAGCUGCUCCAGCAACCCCCACCCCUGGUGCCAGUGCUGCUCCUGUUAGCACCGACCUGCCCACACCAGAGAGCUUCCCUGACUGUUAUAAGGUGCCUCAUGUGACACUCAUAGGGCGAGGCAAACGACAGCUCUCCAGUGAGGAUGGAGAGGACCAAAGGAACGCAAAGAAGGCUAAAAUGGAUACAGAGACACAUGGCGAUGAGGGGAUUUACUGGCAGGUGAAUUUUGAGAGGUUCCAUCUUCACUUCAGAGACCAGGCUAUCAUCAGUGCUGUAGCCAACAAACUGGACCAGACUAGCAGUGAGAUAGUGAGGACGAUGCUGAGGAUGAGUGAGGUGACGACGUCGCCCACAGCCACCUGCACAAAGCCCCUCUCAGCCAAUGAGAUCUUCAGAUCGCUCCCAAGUAGUUACAACAUCCCCAGACCCAUCUUAGACCAGUACCUCACGCUACUGGUUGAUGACCCGAUGGAGUUUGUGGGGAAGGCUGGUGAAAGUGGAGGAGGGAUGUAUGUCGUCAAUCUGCACAGAGCGCUGGCCAAUCUGGCUCGGGCCACACUCGAGUCUGUAGUACAGGAGAGAUUUGGAUCCCGAUCAGCACGCAUCUUCCGUCUUUUGCUGAGGAAACGUCACCUGGAGCAGAAGCAGGUGGAGGAUUUUGCCAUGGUUCCUGCAAAAGAGGCUAAAGACAUGCUCUACACGCUGCUUUCAGAGAACCUGGUCCAGCUACAGGAAAUCCCAAAGACUCCAGACUACGCUCCCUCUCGUACCUUCUAUCUUUACACCGUCAACCAACUCCCAACUGCUAGGAUGCUGCUUCAGAACUGCUACAAGACUGUAGCCAACCUCAUAGAGCGGCGCCUGUUUGAGACCAAGGAGAGCAAGCGUCUACUGGAGAAAUCCCAGCGAAUCGAGGCCAUUCUGGCAUCUCUGCAGGCCAGCGGGGCCGAGCCUGAGCAGCUGACAGAGGUCGAGGAGAUGAUCACUGCUCCUGAAAAGCAACAGCUGGAGGCCUUACGACUUCAUAUCAACAAGUUAGAUUCAGCAGAGAACCAGGUAGAUGAAACCAUCUUCCUACUAGAAUCAUACGUCAAAUCCACCACCACAGGCUGAGAACCAGGUGCACAAGCAACUAACACAUAGUACAUUUGCCGUUUUGCGUAUGAAUGCUGUUUUAUAGUUUAUAUGACUGGAUUGUUUCAGUUUGGAGUGAUUAUAAUAUCUGAGUAGAUUGUUUUGUUUUUAAUCACACGUGUCGGCAAAUCAAUAAACUGAGCACAAGAAUUCAUUUUUUCAACAGUUUUAAUUUCAUUAAAGACCAAACACAAAACUGUAAGACAAACAUAAGACAAAGUGAUUGUUUGUAUGAAAUGUGAAACCAUGAAGAAGUCUGUAUAUUAAAUAGAAGAAUUGUGGUUUAAU